AUGGACGAUCUGGUGAAGGGUUUAAUCAAUGUAGCGUUCGGUCAUGGAGAAGAAGAUGACAGGAAUCGCGAUGAACAGUCCAGAUCCACGUGGGCGCAGGUUGUGUCUGGAGAACAAGAUGAUCAUGAUGAGUCCAUCUCCAGCAGUGAUCGUCACAAUAGACAGGAGGAAGAGAGAAAUGAGAAAUGGAGAUCUGGUGAAUCGCGGCCUACAAUGAGACCCCCAAAGGCGGUGUAUCAGGAAUAUGAUAGAGAUGAUGACAGUAGGCCAGAUAAUUAUAACCAAGUCAAUUGGAACCAAAAGGAGGGAAAGGAGGCUGAUGAUGGUUGGGAGACAGUUGGCAAAAAGCCUGUGAAACAGCAUUAUAAGGCACACAAGGAUCAGUGGAAGAAUUACAAAAAGCCACUUGAUGAGCAAGAAUAUUCUAGUGAGGUUAAGUAUGAUGUUGGCAUUGAACCUUCUGGAGAAGAGCUUAAUGAUCUCUCAAAAGCUCUUAACAAACUCUGGGAACUUGACUUAAACCGCUUGGUACCCGGCAAGGACUAUCAGAUUGAUUGUGGUGAAGGGAAGAAGGUUUACCAGGAGGAAGAUAUGGCAGAAGGGAGACUGUUUUCCUGGCUGAGUGAAGAAAUAUUUAUGAGGCCCACCUUUGCACGUUUCUGCUCUCUUCUGGACAACUAUAAUCCGCAUGAAGGGUAUAAAGAAAAUGUAACACCUGAAGAGAGACAAGAGCAAGCAGCAUUUAUUGAAGAGAUAAGUAGAACUGCACCAAUCAAAUAUCUUCACAGAUAUCUUUCUUCCAAUGGCAUCGUACCUGAUAAUUAUCAAGAUUUUAAGAGGAUGAUGACAAGCCUCUGGUUUGACCUUUAUGGUCGAGGUGGUACAUCUGGUUCUUCUUCUGCUUUCGAACAUGUUUUUGUUGGAGAAAUCAAGCAAUGUGGAGAGCAAGAAGUUUCAGGAUUUCAUAACUGGCUUCAGUUCUAUUUGGAAGAGGCAAAGGGAAGGGUGAAUUAUCAAGGAUACAUUCUUCCGCGGAGGCGUGGGCCAAUUCCUGACACAGAGACACAGCUGCUUACGAUUCAAUUUGAAUGGAAUGGUGUUCUGAAGUCAAUCUCAAGCACUUUGAUAGGAGUGAGCCCUGAGUUUGAAGUUGCAAUAUAUACCCUAUGUUUCUAUUUGGGAAGGGAAGAAAACCAUGUUGAGCUUGGUCCGUACCCUGUAAAUAUCAAGUGCUAUCGUCUUGGAAACAAGAUUGGAUCUGCUUUUCCAGUCGCAGAUUGUUAA